UGACGGAGAGAUAAGACCACUUCGAUAUCCAAUAACCACUAGUCCCCUAGCGUACCGUCAUAAGAUAUGAAGGUUGUCGUUCUGUGUGUCCUGUCUCUAGCGUUAAUAUCAACCAGCUACGCUUGCAUCAUAGCUGGAGAAUGCACGGGUUCAUGUGACCUCUCGUCCAAUCACUGGGCGUGUAUCAAUCACGCAUGCGAGUGCAGACCCAACACUGGUCACACAGGAGAUUGCAAAGGGAAGGAGGAUUGUAGAACCUAUUGCGGAACACAUCAUCAGUCACAUUAUCACUGUGUGGAUGCCAGGUGUAAAUGUGGAGAACUUGACGACAAAUAAAGCAAACGGAGAGCAUAACAAUA